AUGACUGGCAUCGCUGCGACCCAGCAGCUAGAAAUGGAGGACGAGGUUAUGAAAGACGUCGCUUUGCUGUCCCCCGAUGCCCCGCGUCUGGAUCCUGCUCUCGUUUAUUCACCCGGCGAUCCCAUGGACAUCAGUCCGAUGCCCGCCGCAAACCACCAGCGCCAGCCCGUCUUCGAGCAGCAGCCUUCUCAAAAUGGCUCACAGCGUGUCGAGCAAACCGCAAAUAAGACCUUCAAAAAUCCUCCUCAGCCCUCUUUUACGAAUGACCACCCUGUUCUGAGCCCCACCGCUGGUUACGUCAAGCCUGAUGGCAACAACAAUAACAACAAACCCUCAUCGGGGUUACCGAACCGCAGAACUAUCUUCCAACCCCAUCGUUUCUCCCCAAAAAAUCGUGCUUCUGUUAAACAGGGCCACUUGAAGCGUCUCCCGUUGGCCAUGCAGGCGAAGCUCGGUACUCCUUACAAGCCCGCCUUGGUUGGCAUGAAUCGCAACAUCCGAACUUUGCCCUCGUCGUCUAACCCUCAGCCUGGCAUUCAGUCGAAUAACAAUCACUUUACCUUAAAUGGAUAUCCUUCGCUGGAUCUCAAUCAUGUUCACGAUCGUCCGACUCUCGACCCCCCUGUCAAUCGGCAAUUGUUCAAACCUGCUGCUCCUAUACCCGCACCUACGAACUCGGCGACCGGUCCCGCUAGUGACGAGACUGUUACGAAGCCCACUUCCGAGCACACUACUACUGCCGCUUCUAAACAAGCUGUUAGCGAAGAUCCUCGUGAGACCACCAGCGGAUUUUCCCUGCAACGCACACCCCUCAUUAAAGGGAAAUUGAACGACAUCGAUAUCGAUCGCCCCGCGACUUACGUUAGCCCUAAGUACCGCAAACUAAGCCAACGUGGCUCGGACUCCGCUACUACUUCGCCCGCUCAUGACUCUCAACAAACAACCUCUGCCCAAGACAAGAGUCGCCCCAACCUUUCUAAACAGCCAACCCUUGCACCCAUUACUUCUAAUCUGAUCUCACCUUUCAAACCCAACCUUUCGAUCAACAAGAUUUCACCCACGGGAAGGACAGACGAUUCCAAGCACACUGAAGCUUGGAAUGACAUGUUAGAGCUCCAGGACGCUCUCCGGAAUCAGGGUAUUGCCCCGGAAAACCCACCCCACCAAGACCCCAUCAACGAACCCCCCAAACCUUGUCAUCAUCGUAUGCCGGGUAGCUGGCCGGAAGACUCCCUUGACUUCCCCGAGCCUACCAGAGAUGAACCCCAUCUUUUUACUCAAGACCCGAAUCUCUCAGGAGACCAUGGUUCGCUGAUGCACAGUACUCUAGUUACUUCACCGGAACUGGUUUCCAAAACACAAGAACCAGUCAAUUCGACCUCUACGCCGGAGUCCCAGGCCCCUUCAGCCUCUUCUCAGGAUGCCACGACUAUUCAGGCGCAAAACUCAGAGGCUGGCCAAGAUGAACAAGCAAAGGACGACCCUUCCAAUCCUUCGUUUUCCUGGAGUAACCAACUCUGGGGAGCCACGCAGAGCGUUGUCGCCACUGCCAUUGCUCUUGCUGACACUUUCAAACGACGUGCCACCGCUCUCUUUGAAGAACCUCGUCCCGCCUCUCGUCGGACUAGCCAUACCACUACCUCGAGCUCCCCGACCAGAGCAAAUUUGCGUAUGCUUCCAGAAGACCAGCGUCGACGUUUGAAAAGCAACCAGUGGCGCAUAGACAGAGGCUUUCCGACUGUGCAGGACUAUCCAUUUCCCGAAUUAUCUCUUGAUGCGCCCCAAUCCCCGGCUACAAUCGAUGCAUUGCCAGAAGAUGAAACUCCUCCAAAGCCAGUUAUUCCAGACGCCAAGAAAUCAAUCAGUAGCGACGAGCCUUCUCGCAAACGUGGCGUUCCUCCGGUGACAGACGGCAGGCGCCAAAGUGUUAAUUCCGGGAUCAAUAAGAGGCCCACGUUCCAGGCAUUGAGUCCGAAUAUGAAACGACGAAUGCAUAUGCGCCCUGGAAAACGGAAAAUUGCACGCACCCGACUAGACCGCUCAUUGGUACAUGCUGUCCAAUCUGGUAAAUGGACUCCGGACGAUCUACCCACAAAGCCGAAAGGACUCGUCGCCCCAGUGCAGGAUCGUAAAAGGAGGCCGGGACUCGCCGCGACUGAAGCCGCCCGCCAGAAACGAGCUGCGCCAAAGAAAGUGCGAUUUGUACUUCAGUCUGCCCCCCCAGACGACGAUCCGGCUCUCGUGGGCCACCACUUGCAUCCUGGGCUUACGAAAACAUUGGUUGAAGAGGAAAAGGAAAACGAACCUUCGAAACACAUCGAGGAAGAAACUGAAGCUCCUGAUCCUGGUUUACGCUCGUGGCUCCAAUCCGAUUUUCCAUUUGGAAGACCUGUGUCUGCUGUUCAGCUGUUUGCUCCCGGUGCCAAACUUCCCCAGGGCCGUAGCGAAUCUAUCUUUGCAGCCGAAUGGCGCAAAAUUCAAGAGGAAGAAAAGGCCAAGCAAGUCCCCGCCCGGAUUCGUCCCGAGGGGCCUGCCGUUCGACCUCUUCCACCGAAAUGGGAGGCUCGAUUGGCAGAAGCCAAGGCGUCUCCGGACAAUCGGCAGAUUGCCACAACUUUAUCCGGAGACCCUUUGACCAAGAGGGACCUCGCCACCUGCUACACGCCUGCGAGGUGGCUCAACGACGAGGUCAUCAACGCAUACCUCGCUGUCCUCAUCGACUACCUCCGACGGGCUAAUGGCAACGCGGGACGCCACGACAAGCCGAAGUUCCAUGCUUUCAACACGUUUUUCUUUUCGAACCUAAGGGAUAAAGGCUACUCAUCCGUCAGUCGGUGGGCGAAGCGGGCGAAGAUCGGGGGAGAAGCCCUGCUUGAAGUCGACACGGUGUACAUCCCCGUGCACAACAGCGCUCAUUGGACUUUGAUGGUCGUCAAGCCGACCGAGAAAUCCAUCGAGUACUUUGACUCGCUGGGUUCCGCUUCGCCUCGUCAUGUGGCUAUAGUCAAGGACUGGCUGCGAGGAGAGCUUUCGGCCCGGUAUGUCGAAGAGGAGUGGUCGGUGGUCCCCACCGUCUCCCCCCAGCAAGACAAUGGGAGCGACUGCGGUGUGUUCCUAUUGUCAACGGCGAAGGCCGUUUCUGUCGGAAUUGAGCCGUUGUCCUACGGGGCGAGAGACAUCCCGCUUUUGCGGCGGAAGAUUGUGGCCGAGCUGAUGGCUGGUGGUCUUGACGGGGACUUUAAGCCCGAGGGAGAGACCGAUGAGGUGUUGAUGUGA